AUGGACUUGGCGAACUUCGAGAGGAUGACAGAGGAGUUCGCCAUCUACAUGAACUACGUCCGGAAACUCGGCUUCGAGGAGACGCCAGACUACGACUUCCGACUCCCUCCUCAGGACCUCUACCUCGGAGACAUCAUCUCGAGACAGCUCGACUUCUCCACACCGUGCACGCUGGUCUCUACGGCAGAGCGGGGCACGAAGGUCCACAUGUAUCCCGCUGGACGUGUCACCCACACGAUCACACAAAUGUCCUACCGCAAAAACCGCAAGCGGCGUCGCUCUCAAGCGUUUCCAGAAGAUGAGGAGAACGUGAUAGAGCAACUUCCAGUGGUCGAGGUUACGCCAGAACAAGAACAGGAGCCACGUGGCCCCGAAGAUGCUGUGGAUGCUGCGGACGCGACAUCCGACAAGGAACGCGAGGUAUGA